AUGCAGCAGCACGGGCUAGCACCACAGGCGGGCACGCAGGCAGAGAAGGAGCACCACGGCGGCGCGUGGGAGCUCGACGGGGACUCACGGGAGACCACGGAGGACGCGUGCGAGCUGCUGUCCACGACGGAUCGUGGAGGCCGGCUCUGGACUCGCGGGAGCACGAGGAGGACUCGCGGGAGCUCGAGUACGAUGAGAGGGAGCUCCUGCUCCACCAGAUCGUGGUGGCAAAUUCCAGCGACACCCGCAGGUAAUCGCCGCGGGAGGGGAUCGCGGCGGCGCAGGUCUGGGCGGCGGCGGCGGAGCAAGUACUUGGCGACGGCGGCAGCGUUGAAGGUACGUGGUGACGGAGGCGGAACACUUCCUGGUGGGCGGCAAUCACGCAGCUUGGCGGCGCCGGCCCCUGGAGACGCACGGGCGACGGCGGAGGAAGACGACGGGGGUGGAGGGACUUGUUUGUGA